GAUGGUGAUGCACAUUAAUGGUAGCUGUUAGCUGUUAAUUGUUAAUUGUUAUUAAAUCAUUUUCUGUUUCAUCUAAUGAACUGCUUUUAAUGCUUAAGUUACUCUUUAAUCAGAUGAGAUAAUGACAGAUUUACUCUAAACCUUUUCAGAUUAAUGUUUGCUUUCAAUGCUUAGGCCUUUUUCAAACGUUUUAACCUUUUUGAGUGUUUAUUUGCAUCCAAAAAUUUCAGUUAACAAUCAGUUAACUGUUGACCAUUUAAGUUUCACUUGUUAAUUGUAUCAUCAAAUUUUUGCCUAAAUCCCGUUCUAAGAUUGGGAAUAAACAAUGAUCAAAGAUCGUUGCAAAGAAAUUCAAAAUGUUGUCCAAAAGAUUCGGAUUGAAUUGUAUUGUUUCCUCUACUUUCUGGCCACUCAUAUGAUCAAAUUACCCUUGAAUCAGUUAAUUUUUGAUAAAUUGUGUUUAAAUGAUUACAGACUUGCUGCUGACUCUUGCGAGUCACUAAGUGAUGAACCAGAUAGUAAAGUAUACAAUCAAAUUGAAACAUCUAUGGUUAACCUCGCAAUCUAUCAACAUUUACUCUCCAUUUUACCAUCAAUAAUUUUAACCCUUUUUCUGGGCCAUUGGAUUGAUCUAAGGUUGGAUCAUUUAAGAUAUAUUUUAGCAUUACCUUGUAUAGGAGGAGCCAUGCUUAACAUCUUUUUGACUGUUCAAUGUAUUAAUUUCGAUGCAGAGCCAAUUGACACUAUUUAUCCUUACAUCAUCACUGGAUUUUCUGGAAUUGAAAUUCUUGUCAUUACUGGAGCCUUUACUUUUAUUUGCAAAACAACUGAUUCAAAAUAUCGUUCAAUACGCUUUAUCAUAUUGGACUCCAUUUCUGCUCUUGCAUUUCCUUUGGCAAAUUUUCUAAGCAAAAAACUACUAUCCCAAUCUCCAUGGAUUCUUGGACAAUAUCGCAACUAUAUUGGUGUGUUUCUUAUUAGUGGAACCAUUUUAACCUUCACAGAAUUUUGGGUUCUCAUCACUCUUUUAACAAAAAAAUCAAAUUCAGCUCAUUCAUCUCGACGACAAUCACGUAAAUUUUCUCAAGCUUCUGCUUACAGCUAUUACAAAUCAUUGCAUGAUGCUAAAGCACGACGUGUAACCGCAUUUUCACUACAAUUUCCUGGGCCAAGUGUUCGUCGUGAGUCUCUAGUAAACCAAGCUCAAGCAAGGCGUACCUCAGUUGCUAACAUUUUAAUGGGAUUCAGUUUGAUGAAUAAACCACAAGGUCAACGGCAAAGUCUUGGUACACUUUCAGAAGAUGAUUUGGACACUCGAAGGCCUUCAACUAUCGCUCAGGGUGUUAACCGUAACAAUGCGCCAACAACAGAUUUCACUCUAUCUCAAGUUUUCCAUUAUACAAAUGUCACAAUGACUUUAAAAUCAUUUUUACGGCCUCGAGUGAAUAACGGAAGGGUUCAAUUAAUGUGCUUAACUGUUUCAAUGAUAUUCAUCUUUUUUGCUAUCAACAGUGAAACAAUGAUCGAUCAAAGUUUAACUCGAAACAUUUUCAGAUGGACCAAAACGCACACUGAUUUUGUAACUGAUAUGAAAAGGCUCGGAAUAAGUUUGGCAAGUGUUGUAGUCAUGAUAAUAUUGGUCAGUCUAGCCAAAUUAGAAGACCUUAGCAUAACCAUGAUUGGAGCUUGUUCAAUUUUAAUUUCUUUGCUGGUGAAAGGGUUUUACGUGGAUCCCAUUGGUUUUUACUUAAGUGCGAUGAUUGAGAUUUUCUUUGGCCUGACAUUAGCUGGAUUCCGAUCAUUGGUAACCCGAAUCGUUUACAAUUACGAGACUGCUAAAGUAUUUGCAAUUAUCGCCUGUUUUAUGACUCUAAUUCAUCCAACUCAGAUUUUUAUCUUCCACAAAUUGCUAAACACGGCUAUGCAAUCAAAACCAAAUGUACUAUAUCUGUGUCUUUGUUUGACUUUACUGAUUCCUAUCAAAACGAUAAUCUAUGUUGGCCUAACGCACAAACAAACGGUCAACCAGCGGAAAUCUUUUUGUUCAAUCCAAAUAAUCCCAACAUCACAUUCAGUUAGGCCGGCUAAUGUGUUUGAAUUACCGGGACCUAAACAGGAUGAAAGGCGAAAAUCAAAUAGAUUCUGAAUCAUUUUAUCGAUUAUUCGGAUGAUUGCACCCAUGAACUUUUAUUCAAUCAUAUUGAUUUGCUAAUCAUUGAUGUCUCAUAGUGUGCAACAAUGAGAGGGAGUUGUAUUGAAAUCAGGAUUAUUUCCUGAUCAUUGUUUUUAUGCACGUUAUUAUGUGAAUUUUAUAUUUUUAAAUUAUCAUCAAAAUUAAAAUGUCAUGUAAAAUUAAAUCCAAGUACAUUUCUUAAUUUACUUUGAAUAAUAAAAUGUCCAGUGGUUAAAA